AGUCUGAAUAAGAGCAGAGCGUGGGAGAGCAUCACAGGAUAAUCGUGAAUAAAAUUUCAUCGUGCCGGCAUCAAGUGUUCCCAACGAGGUUGUAACCUGAACCAUGGGUGUAGUUGUGGAAGAUGAUGAUAAGCCAGCAGGUGUGAAAGCCCCUGAUGGAGAAUGGGGUUGGGCCAUUCUCAUUGGAUGUUUCGUCAUCACUGGAUUCUCAUAUGCUUUUCCAAAAGCUGUUAGUGUUUUCUUCAAGGAGUUGAUUAAAGAGUUCCACAUUGGGUACAGUGAUACUGCUUGGAUCUCUUCUAUUCUGCUUGCUAUGUUAUAUGGAACAGGGCCUUUGUGCAGUGUUCUGGUGAAUCGCUUUGGCUGUCGACCUGUUAUGAUGGUGGGAGGUCUAUUUGCAUCAGCGGGUAUGAUACUCGGAUCACUGUGCACCAGCAUACUCCAGAUCUACUUGACUACUGGUGUUAUCACUGGUUUGGGUCUAGCCUUGAACUUUCAACCAUCCCUCAUCAUGUUAAAUCGCUACUUUGACAAGCGUCGCCCAUUAGCAAAUGGCUUAUCUGCAGCCGGGAGUCCCGUGUUCUUGUGUUGCCUCUCUCCAUUAGGCCAGAUCUUGUCAAAGGUGUAUGGAUGGCGAGGAGGUUUCCUCAUUCUCGGGGGUCUGCUGCUGAACUGCUGUGCGUGUGCAGCACUAAUGAGACCCCUGAAACCUACCCGCAAAGAACAAGAGAAAAUAGAAGAAGCAAAGAAAGCACAGGUGCAGAAGAAAACUAAGCUGCUGGAUUUCACUGUAUUUAAGGAUCGAGGCUUUCUGAUAUACACAAUAGCAGCUUCCAUCAUGGUCUUUGGUCUCUUUGUUCCUCCUGUGUUCAUAGUGAACUAUGCAAAAGAUACAGGAGUGCCAGACACAGAUGCUGCUUUCUUAUUGACUAUCUUGGGGUUUGUCGAUAUUUUUGCCCGACCUCUUUGUGGUAUCCUUGCUGGGUUGAAACAGGUCCGGCCUCGCUGUGUGUACCUUUUCAGCUUUGCUAUGAUUUUCAAUGGAAUUACAGAUUUAGGGGGCUCAUUUGCUAAAGAUUAUGGUGGCCUGACAGUAUUUUGCAUUUUCUUUGGAAUGUCCUAUGGAAUGGUCGGAGCACUGCAGUUUGAAGUCUUGAUGGCGAUUGUUGGAACCCAAACGUUCUCCAGUGCCAUUGGACUUGUGUUGCUCGUCGAAGCCAUGGCUGUCUUGGUUGGUCCUCCAGGAGCUGGGAAGCUGUUUGAUGCUACAAAGAAUUUCAAGUACGUUUUCUAUCUGGCUGGGAGUGAAGUGGUUCUGUCUGCCCUGGUACUGGCUACUGCAAACUUCUUUUGUCUACGCAAAAGUACUAAGCCACCUGUGAAAGAGCAAAAGGAAAAUGUGGAAGAAGGAGAGCAGCAGAAGGAACCAGAAGCAGUGGAUUCCAUAGAGGUGGAGCAAUUCUUAAAAGAUGAGACAGGAAAAAAUGGUGAAAUUUUACCAACCCCAGAAACAAGUGUAUGAAGCUUUCAAUGGAAGAAGAAACAGAAUGUUUACAAAAGGUCAAGAGAAACAAGUUUGUGUAUUUAUUUAGAAAUGUGAGGAAUCUCCAUGUAUAAUGGUAAGAGUAGUUUAUUGUGCAGAAUAUUUUUGUGAUUUUUUUGUUUAAAUUGCUGCCUUGCAUUUGUCAUUCAUGUGUGUCUUUCACAAAGGUUUUUUUUUAAAUAAGGGUAUCUGUUGAAAGUGUAAGGGAUGCUUUUAAGAACAUUCUGAAAGAUCAAAUCUACAGAACUGGGAUUCCAUAAAAGGGGAAAGAGGUUAGAUGCACAAAGCACUUGCAGCGAACAACAGCAUUAGUGACAACAGAACACCUGCAGCUUAGGUCAUUGGCCACAAAUGAUGGUUUCCAGAAUUAAAGGAGUGCCAGAUACUCACUAGUAGUGAACCAGCAUGGGUUAAAUAUUUUUUAAAGGAAGCAUAUCUACACCUGCAUCGCUACAGCUCUAUCUUAACAAUACUUGCACUAAGGUUCUAACCCCCAUUCUCCAAAUUUAACAACAAUUAAGAAGGUAGCCAGACUGCUGGUACGUUUUGAACUUAAAAAGUAAUGAGUAUAAAAUGAGACCAAUUUUAUCAAACCUGCUAAUUGUUGAUAUUGGCUUGUUACCAUUGAAGAACGAUCCCACUUUGGUUCGCAUCAUUUAGUACACAAAUCUGACACCCUGUAUUGGAAAAUGAGUCUGUGAUCCACACAUGAUUUUUUAAAUUUCAAUGAUAUUUCUCCUGUAUUAAAACAGUCUUUCUUUUUUUAAACCAAA